AUGGCAGAGGAGGAAGGCGCGGUGGACAGGAGGCAGCUGGCUGUGGAGGAAGAGGCUCCCGCCGGACGCUGCUGGGUGCUGCCCCGGGCCGUGUGCUCAGUGUCUGCCGGAGCGGACGGGGGCUCGGGGCCCACGGCGUGGUGUGCGGAGCCCGGACGCCAGGGGCAGCGACGGCCAGACAGACAGGAGCGUGGGCUUCCCCUGCCUGCCCGCCUGUCCGCCUGUCCACCUGUCCGCCUGUCCGCCCUUCCGAGGUCUCCUCCGGACAAUGGACGGGAGGACACCUUGGCUCUGGGCACUUCUGAGAAGUCUCCGGGUGCCUACUUCCUUCCCGAGUUCGCCCUCUCCCCUCAGGGGAGCUUCCUGGAAGACACUACGGGGGAGCAGCUCCUCACCUACCGCUACGAUGACCAGACCCCAAGACACGGGCCUUCGGAGGACGGCAGGGACGGCAACUGGGACUCCUGGGGCGGCUGGAGCGACUGUUCUCGGACCUGCGGGGGCGGCGCCUCGUACUCCCUGCGGAGAUGCUUGACCGGGAGGAAUUGUGAAGGGCAGAAUAUCCGAUACAAGACGUGCAGCAAUCAGGACUGCCCCGCCGACGCCGAGGACUUCAGAGCCCAGCAGUGCUCCGCGUACAACGACGUCCAGUACCAGGGGGACUUCCACGAGUGGCUCCCGCGGUACAACGACCCCGUGGCCCCCUGCACACUCCAGUGCCACACGCGGGGGCAGAGCCUGGUCGUGGAGCUGGCGCCCAAAGUCCUCGACGGGACUCGCUGCCACACAGACUCCCUGGACAUGUGCAUCAGCGGCGUCUGCCAGGCCGUGGGCUGCGACCGGCAGCUGGGCAGCGGGGCCAAGGAGGACAAUUGUGGUGUCUGCGCCGGCGACGGCUCCACCUGCAGGCUGGUCCGGGGCCAGGCCAAGUCCCACGUGUCUCCCGAGAAAAGAGAGGAGACCGCGAUUGCUGUACCUCUGGGAAGCCUCCGGGUGAGGAUCACGGCGAAAGGACCAGCCCACCUCUUUAUUGAAUCGAAAACACUUCAAGGAAACAAAGGAGAACACAGCUUCAGCAGCCCGGGAGUCUUUACCAUUGAGAACACAACCGUGGAGUUUCAGAAGAGCGCAGAGAGGCAAACCUUUAAGAUCGCUGGUCCUCUGAUGGCCGACUUCAUCUUCAAGACCAGGUACACAGUGGCCAAGGACAGCACCGUCCAGUUCUUCUUUUACCAGCCCAUCAGUCACCAGUGGAGACAGACCGACUUUUUCCCCUGCACCGUGACGUGUGGAGGAGGCUACCAGCUCAACUCUGCCGAGUGCGUGGACGUCCGCUUGAGGAGAGUGGUUCCCGACCACUACUGCCACUACUACCCCGAGAAUGUCAAGCCCAAGCCGAAGCUGAAGGAGUGCGGCAUGGACCCCUGCCCGUCCAGCGAUGGAUUUAAGGAGAUCAUGCCCUAUGACCACUUCCAGCCCCUGCCCCGCUGGGAGCACAACCCCUGGACGGCGUGCUCCGUGUCCUGCGGGGGCGGGACCCAGCGGCGGAGCUUCGUGUGCGUGGAGGAGUCGCUGCACGCCGAGGUCCUGCAGGUGGAGGAGUGGAAGUGCAUGUACGCGCCCAAGCCCAAGGUGAUGCAGACCUGCAACCUCUUCGACUGCCCCAAGUGGAUUGCCAUGGACUGGUCUGAGUGCACGGUGACCUGCGGGCGAGGCCUGCGCUACAGAGUUGUGCUGUGCGUCAGCCACCGCGGCCAGCACGUGGGCGGCUGUAAGCCACAGCUGAAGCCGCACAUCAAGGAGGAGUGCGUGGUGCCGGUCCCCUGCCACAAGCCCCGAGAAAGAGAUCCAGGGGGUGCUGCGCUGCCAUGGUUGAAGCAAGCCCAGGAGCGAGAGGAGAUGAGGAUAGUGACCGAGGACCCCACGUUUGUCCCGGGCCCCUGGUCAGCCUGCAGUGCCACGUGCGGCCCCGGUGUGCAGGUGCGGGAGGUGAAGUGCCGAGCGCUCCUCACGUUCACGCGGGCGGAGACUGAGCUGCCGGCCGAGGAGUGCGAGGGGCCCCGGCUGGCCACGGAGCGGCCCUGCCUGCUACAGGCCUGCGGCCCGGACCCUGCAGCCCCAGAGCCCAGCGGCGCUCCGCAGGACGGCGAGACCACCUACGGCUGGGAAUAUGCCGGCUUUACCCCGUGCACAGCCACAUGCCUGGGAGGCCUCCAGGAAGCCAUAGCCGUGUGCUUACACACGCAGACCCAGCAGGCGGUCAACGACAGCUUGUGUGACCAGGUCCACCGUCCCCCCGCCAUGAGCCAGGCGUGCAACACGGGGCCCUGCCCGCCCAGGUGGCUGGCGGAGGCCUGGGGGCCGUGCUCCGCCUCCUGCGGCGUGGGGAUCCAGACCCGGGAGGUGCGCUGCCUGCGCCCCGAGGCCUCCCCGGCGGCCCCGGAGGCGUGCGCCGGGGAGAAGCCGCAUGCGCUGCGGGCCUGCAAUCAGUUUGACUGCCCGCCGCGCUGGCAUGUGGGAGCCUGGCAGCAGUGUUCCAGGACGUGCGGCGGCGGCGGCUCGCAGGCCCGGACCGUCUCCUGUCGGCAGCUGCUGGCCGACGGCCGCGUCCUCACCCUGGCGGACGAGCUGUGCCCAGGACCCAAGGCCGCGGCCCGCAGGUCCUGCGCCAGGGCCGACUGUCCGCCCCGCCUGGACCCCGGGGACUGGUCCCAGUGCUCCGUCAGCUGCGGCGUCGGGGUCCAGAGAAGGAGGCAGGUGUGCCAGAAGCUGACAGCCAGGGGCCUCCGCGUCCCGCUAGGCAACGCCGCGUGCCAGGGUCUGGCCGGCCCCCCGCUCGAGAGACCGUGCCAGAUGCGUGUAUGCGGGGAAAUGAAGCCAGAGACAAAGCCAAGACUUAGUGGUCGGGGCCCUGAGAUUCUCAGCGUGCGAAGGAUCUACAUCCAGACCCGGGAGGAGAAGCAGAUCAACCUGACGGUGGGGAGCCGGGCUUACCUGCUGCCCAACACAUCCGUGAUCGUCAGGUGCCCCGUGCGGCGAUUCCAGAAGUCUCUGAUCAGGUGGGAGAAGGGUGGCCGUUGUCUGCAGAGCUCCAGACAGCUGCGGGUCACAAAGUCGGGCUCCCUGAAGAUCCCCCGGCUCGCAGCGGCCGACAUCGGUGUGUAUCGGUGCCUCGCGGGCCCGGCUCAGGAAACAGUGGUUCUCAAGCUCAUCGGCACGGACAACCGGCUCGUGGCACACCCAGCUGUCCGAGAACAUGCCAGGGACCCUUCCGGGACGGACCCCGGGGAAGCCAAUAGCUUGGGUGCCGUGUGGCAUAAAAUGCAGCAGCUUUGGAGUCACAAAGAUGGGCUUUACCCGCCUGGCGGCCAGACGGACCACCCGGCUUCCUUGAGAGCUCUGUUGGGCCCCUGCAGCCAUGGUUCUCCAGGCAGCGGCGACGCCCCCUGGGGCCUUGAGCCCAGGCAGUUCGAAGCAGCGGUGCAGCAGGGAGCCCACAGCCUGGACACGGCCCAGUUUGAGGAGCUGAUAAAGAACCUGAGUCGGCUGCUGGAGACAGGAGAGGUCAGCAGGGACCUGGCGUCCCAGGUGAUGCACCAGCUGGCGGCCGAGCUGGUUCAGGUGCAGCCCGCACCCGUGCCCCAGAGCCGUGGGGACGAGGAGGUCCUGAACGCCCGGCCCAGAGAGCCGCCGGCAGGAGACGGGCCCCAGAGCUCCGCGGGGCCCCUCCCGGGCAGGCGGCCCGUGCUCCUAAGACAGACACAGCCCUCCGCCAUCUCCUUCAAUACAACCAUCACCGCCCAGGUCGGAAACACCGUGUACAUCACAAACAAGACGGAGACCAUCCACAUCCUGUGCGGCCUGCGGGUCCCCACCCACGCCACGUACACGUGGACCAAGGACGGGGAGCUGCUGCGGCCCACGGCAGGGAUAGUCAUGGAAGGAGCCGAGAGGAUUCAGAUCAGGAACCCAACCAGGAGGGAGCAAGGAAUCUACAAAUGCGCCGUGGCUAAUCCUCUGGGCUCGGACGUGGAGAGCUCCUCUGUGCUCUGGGCAGCGGCGCCUGUCAUCUCCUCUGUUGAAAGAAACGUCACCAAACCAGAGCAAAGUCACCUCUCAGCCGUGGUGGGCAGUACCGUGGAGGCCGCCCUGGGGGCAGACGUGACCCUGCAGUGUCCCGUGGGAGGAGUCCCCCCGCCCGCCGUAACGUGGUCGAAGAGAGGAGGACCCCUGGGCGACAGGGCUUCCUUGCUUCCCCGUGGCUCCCUGUUGUUGCGGAAUGUCUCGCUUGAACAUGAAGGAACCUACGUGUGCACAGCCGCCAACGCCCUGGGCGAGGCAGAGGCUACCUCUGUGCUCCACCUGCUGGAGCGAAGAUGGCCAGGCAGCGAUGCUGUGUCUCCUAAAGACCAUCAGAAGGGAGGUCCCUGGGCCUCCACACCUGGACCCAACAGCAGUGACCCGACAGGACCCCUGCCUCAAGAGCCUGUUUGGGAGCCUGGUCCCUGGACGCCCUGCCCCACCGCCUGCGGCCCCCCGGGCGCCCGCAUUCAGAGGCCCCGGUGUGUGGGGGCCAGCGGGCAGGAAGUGAGCCAGGCCCUCUGUGCACACCGCCAGAAGCCGCGGGCAGGGUUUCAGCCCUGUGACGCCCAGGACUGCCCGGCCAGGUGGUUCACCAGCGCGUGGUCAGCGUGCUCGGUGCCGUGUGGCCGCGGCUUCCACAGCCGGCAGGUGACCUGCAAGAGGAGGAGAGCCGACGGCACGGUUGAGCCCGCGCCACGCCACGCAUGUGCCUCCAGCGCCCGGCCCCGGGGGAGGAGGCCGUGUCCUAACCGCCCAUGUGACCGACAGGCGCCUGCGCCAGGAAGCCAGUGUCCUGCCCGCUGCACGGGCCGCGCCGGCCGGGGGCAGCCGCGCCGUCCUGCGUGUGGCCCCCGCAGCGGCCCGGGGCCCGACUGCGACUCCAGGAAGAGACAGCCCUGGCGGGGGAGCUGCGCGGCGGGGGCCUGCCAGGCCUGCUGGCUCCCCGGCCCCUGGAAGCCCUGCACGGCAGCCUGCGGCCCGGGCGUCCAGCCUCGGGAAGUCCACUGCGUCCACGCCCAGACCUGCCGACCCGUGGCCGAGAGUCACUGUGCGCGGACACGCAGGCCGCCCUCCCAGAGGCCCUGCCUGGGGCCUGCCUGCGGGGGAAACUGCACAGACACAACUCAGUACUGCCGGCUCCUGAGGCGCCUGCAUCUGCGUUCUCUGGACCUCUACAAACAGAGCUGCUGCCAGCCGCACCGAGAAGGCUAGGCCUCUGGCGGUGCAGCGGUGAGGCUCCGAGGGUAGGAAAGCAGUCUUCCCCUCCUAGAGACGCCAUGCUGAGGCCGAUGUGAAAACAGCAAGGUUGAGAUUGGGUGAACAUUUCCCACCAUCAGUUCUGAACUCAGUCCUUGUAAGUGACAGGUUCCUGGAUGAGUUAAAAAGAAAUCACGGCAGGUGUGGCCAUGCAUUUGGCCCCUCAGCAAGUCUGUGUGAUCAGAGACUGCCAGGGCCCUAAGCAGAGCAGGGCCUGCUGCGACCUGUGGACUGGCAGUCAUCCACCCUGAAGACUUGGGAAACAGCGAGCGGCCGCGCCCUCUUCUCUUAAACUGUAGUUUCAACACGUUUAACGGCAUUUAAGAUUUAAAGCUCUGGCCAGUCUCUUUUUGGAUGUUGGCACUAGUGACUUUUUUCUCUCACAGAUCCUUACAUUUAGCUGUGAAGGAGAGAGGGUCUCCCGGGCAGGUGGUGUGCAGGGCAUGGUGUCCUGACCCCGGGGCGUCCGUGGGGGGAGACGGAGCAGCUGGGGCUCGGCCCGUCGUGGAAGUCAGAGAGCACACGGUAGCUUCUCCACUGGUUCUGUAGUGUGCUCAAAGCUUUCCUUUUAGCUGUGAAUGGAAUGUUUUUCUAAGCACUAAAACAAAGCCUUAUUAGACCUAAUUUAUGCAUAAAAUAGUAUUCCUGAGGAUUUUUAUUUUGCAAAGUAUAU